CCACGUGACCCGCCGAGGGCAGGGUCGCGGAGGGACUGGGGUCCGGCGCGCGAGCCCGGGCCGUAAAGACCCACAGGCAGCGGGCAAGACUGACAGGCGGCGGGGCAGCCCGGCUGGCCCGGGGCGGAGUCGGCUGCGGGCGGGGACGCGGCGGGGGCGGCGCGGGGAGAUCGCUGGGUGAUCGCGGCGGCGGCGCGGGGAAACGACGCCCGGGCGCCCCGAGGCGCCAGUAUGUGGAGCGGCCAGCCCCACCCGGACGAGGGCCACCCACCGCCCCUCGAAGCUGUCCCAGUCCCCUGGAAGAGUGUGGGCCCCUGCAAAAGCCACAGGGAGUCCCUGGGAAGCCUGGUGGAGACCCCUGCAGGGAAGGAGGCCCAAGGCGAGGAGGACCCUGCGGCCAGCCGGCUGGACGUGUUGCGUCUGCGCAGCUCUUCCAUGGAGAUCCGAGAGAAGGGCUCGGAGUUCCUGAAGGAGGAACUGCACAAAGCCCAGAAGGAGCUGAGGCUGAAGGAUGCGGAGUGUGAGCGGCUGUCCAGGGUGCGCACGCAGCUGGAGCAGGAGCUGGAGGAGCUCACGGCCAGCCUGUUCGAGGAAGCCCACAAGAUGGUCCGAGAAGCCAACAUGAAGCAGGCAGCGUCAGAAAAGCAGCUGAAGGAGACGCGGGGCAAGAUCGACAUGCUGCAAGCAGAGGUGACAGCCUUGAAGACACUGGUCAUCACGUCCACACCAGCCUCUCCUAACCGCGAGCUCCACCCACAGCUGCUCAGCCCCACCAAGGCCGGACCCCGCAAGGGCCACUUGCGUCAUAAGAGCACCAGCAGCGCCCUCUGCCCCGCCGUGUGCCCCGUGGUAGGACACGCCCUCACCCCGGACAAGGAGGGCAAAGAGGUGGACACGACCCUAUUUGCAGAGUUCCAGGCCUGGAGGGAAUCGCCCACCCUGGACAAGACCUCCCCCUUCCUGGAAAGGGUGUACCGGGAGGACGUGGGCCCCUGCCUGGACUUCACCAUGCAGGAGCUCUCAGCCCUGGUACGGGCCGCCGUGGAGGACAACACGCUGACCAUCGAGCCCGCGGCUUCGCAGACACUGCCCGCGGUGAAGGUGGCCGCUGUCGAGUGUGGCCGCACCAAUGGGUUCCGGGCCCCGAUCGACACUACAUGUGCCCUGAGUGGCCUGGCCUGCGCCUGUCGUCACCGAAUCCGGCUUGGGGACUCCGAGAGCCACUACUACAUCUCACCGUCCUCCCGGGCCAGAGUGAGUCAUCCAAGGGGAGUGUUACCUGGCUCCUUAGAGGCUCCCUGGGCUGGGACUCUGAGCCCCAGGCUGCACAACCUACAAUCUACAGAGCAGGGCACAGGCUCAGAGAGAUCACGGCCGUGUGCAACUUCUUCACCUACAUCCGCUACAUCCAGCAAGGCCUGGUGCGGCAGGACGCGGAGCCCAUGUUCUGGGAGAUCACAAGGCUGAGGAAGGAGAUGUCGCUGGCCAAGCUUGGCUUCUUCCCCCAGGAGGCCUAGGGCAUGGCCCAGGCCUGGAGGGGGCCUCUGAGCUGGAGCCAACACCUGCCCCAGGAGAGACAGACAGACAGACGGGGUCCUAGAGCCAGCCCUGAGCCAGAAGCUGAACAGAGGGACAAAUGGCCAGGCCAUGGAGGCAGCACUGAGCCGGCACCAAACGUCCAUCCCAGGACAGGACCUCAGGAGGUGACCUCUCCUCCCUCAUAGUACUACAGCCACCAGGAGACUUUCAAGAAAGCACCAAAGACCAAGGAGCUGGGAGCCGUACAAAGGGGCUCAGCCCUUGGGAGGGCACCCCUGGGGCAGCCAGCACCCCCUCCCCAGUCCCAGGAGCUGCUGCCUGCAGGUGCCUCACUGGCGAGAUCUCCAGGGUCUCUCCCCACCACCCCCUUUCCCAAGCCCUGGGCACCAGCACCCCCUUGUGGCCGUCCUUCGCCUCGUUCCCAGGUGGGCCUGCUGUGCCCACGGGGCAGCAGAGCUAGGAGGAGCGGACGGGGGCCUCGCUGGCUGUCUUCCACUCCAUCCUGUAUCUGCCUGAGAAUGACCCCACAACAUUCUUAAGAUGUAUCAGGGGCCCUGCUCCCGCCCGCCCUCUCGACCUUCCUCCUUCCCGCCAGCUGAGCCCUAUGCUGCAAGGAGCCUUUGCCCCCACCACUGCUGGGAGGAUUGGGGCACUUUCCUCCCAAAGUAAAACACAGACAGGCCUCAGGAUUCCCCGGGCCUGUUUUCAGCUGUGGAUGGCCAUUCAGACGACGGGGGCUGAGAUCGCCCAGCCCCGUACACAGGACUGGGGUGGGGCAGGCAGGCCCCGGGCCCCUCCUCACCCCUUGCAGCCUACUCAGUACCGGGGUCCAACCUGGACACAUCCCUCACCACGUCCGAUUUCCUCCUCUGAAUGGAAUGUAACGCGAUCUCUAUUUAAUAAAGGACGGCUUUGUUGGUAGAGA